GUGGAUAUUCCACUAGAUCUGGUGGUUUAGAUAUACGUUUUAGCGGGCGAAUUUUGGUUUUAGUGGCUAGUGGAUUUUUCUAGUGGUUUAGUUUGUUUCAUUCAGUGGGAUGCUACGACAUUUAACCACUAGCACGAUUGAUAUCUUUAUAGGAAAAGACGAAAACAUUUACCUUAUUAAGGAAUAUUUUGUCAUUAUGUAGGCAACUCUGUAAAAUUACGUUGGUUAUUCUCGGGAAUUUCCCGAAACAAGUUUAUGAAUUUCUUAAAUUAUUUUGAUUAUGGACUUUAUUCGUAUGACUAAUAGGUCAAAUUUGAUUUGAAUUAAUGAGAUUUGUAUGUGUUCGUUUCGUAUGCAUGCACAAAAAUAGAAAUACACAACACAGAUACUUAGUAGUUUUGGUUAUCCUAUGCAUCGGAGUGUUUGUUUAAAAUUCAAGUUUAGUUUAUUUUUAAAACAAAAUGCCAAAAGCGCAAUAUACGCAAAAGUUCCGGGAUUGUUGGUUACGGGACUCCCAAUUAAAGGACUGGCUGCAAGUGAUAGAAAGUACAGCUGGUCCAAUUGCAAAGUGCAGAUUAUGUGGCUCUGUAUUGAGAAAUCAUUACGGAGAUUUAAAGAAUCACGGAUUAUCGAAAAAACACUUGCAAAAUUCAAAGUAAUGGACAACGAUUCUUUUGAAACAUUGUUGGAGUUGAUUCGACCCAAUAUUGAAAAGCAAGAUACCAAUAUGCGACAAGCUAUUCCUGCCAGCCAAAGGCUCUCUAUAACUCUAAGGUACUUGGUCACUGGUAUGGACUUGGAAGAUUUAAAGUUUAUGUGUGCUGUCGCUCCUCGUACUUUGGAUUUAAUAAUACAGGAGACGUGUGAGGCUAUAAUUCAAAAGUUAAAAGAAAAUAUUCGGGUACCGAGAACGAUCGAGGACUGGAAAAAAGUAGCCAAAGAUUUCGAGAGACGAUGGAACUUUCCCAACUGUAUAGGUGCUGUUGAUGGCAAGCACAUCGAAAUAGAAAAACCUUCAAAUUCGGGAUCUUACUAUUUUAACUAUAAAAAGACAUUUAGUAUUGUUCUCAUGGCUAUUGUAAACGCCAAUUAUCAAUUUAUGAUGGUUGAUGUUGGUGCAAAUGGGCGGAUGUCAGAUGGUGGAACUUUAAAAAAUACAAAGUUUUGGCAAUUGUUUUCUGAAAGUGAAAACAAACUUAAUAUUCCGGAGCCAUGUGAGUUACUAGAAAGCGAUAAAAAGUUUCCGUUUGUACUGGUAGGUGACGAAGCUUUCCAACUGACUCCAAACUUCAUGAAGCCAUACAACAAAGCCGUCUUGACAGACGAAAGACGGAUUUUCAACUAUAGAUUGUCAAGAGCCAGGAGGGUGGUUGAAAAUGCUUUUGGCAUCCUGUCUUGGCGCUUCAAAAUAUUUAAAAAAGACAUUGGACUGCAUCCCGAUAAAACGCGAAAAGUUGUUUUGGCUGCCUGUCACUUACACAACUACUUGUGUGAAAAAAAUAAAAACAAAUAUAUUCAACCAGGAGAUAUUGACAUUGAAGAACCAAAUACCACAGUCACAAAAGGUGCGUGGAGACAAGGACGGCAAUUGUUAAAUAUAGAGCGAGUACGAGGAAACUCGGCAAAUGAGGCAAAAAGAGUGCGAGAUGACUUUUGCGAGUACUUUAAUGAUUAUAGCUACGCAACCAAAGUUGCCUUUUAAACGAGAAGGCGUGGGAAAAAAGAAAGAAGAAGCUAGGCUAGCAUUAUUUACAGCAGCACAUACCAGCCUACGUGUAGUAGAUCAUAUGGGAGAAGUGGUGAAUCACAUGCACAAAGAGGACGAAAAAAUUCAUUUACAUAGGACAAAAUGUUCUCAAAUUAUAAAAAAUGUGCUAUCACCCCAUUUCGCUGAAAACUUAAAAUAAGAUUUGAAAGAUCAACCCUAUAGUUUAUUGAUAGACGAAUCGACCGAUAUUUCCGUUCACAAAUAUCUGGGAAUAAUAAUCAUUUAUUACAGCUGCAGUCACAAAAAAAUAAUGUCUACAUUUUUAGAUCUUCCAAUGCUGAACGAGUGUGAUGCAGAUGGGAUUGUUGGUACCAUAAAAGCGACACUCGCUAGAUUUAAUAUACCUCUACAAAAUUUAAUGGGCAUCGGAACAGAUAAUGCGUCCGUGAUGACCGGCGUCAAUAACGGUGUAUAUGCUAAACUGAAAAAGGAUUUGCCGAGUUUAGUUUUGGUGCGUUGCAUUUGUCACUCUCUGCAAUUGGCAGUAUCGGCAGUAACAAAGCAAUUUUUACCGAGAAAUCUCGAGUUUAUUAUUAAAGAAACAUAUGAUUGGUUCAAUCGAUCUUCGUCAAGGCAAGCGGCUUACAAAGAACUAUACAAACUUAUAAACGACGGUCAUGAUCCAUUAAAAAUUGUACAGUCUUGUCAAACUCGAUGGCUUUCUAUAGAGUCCGCAGUUGCACGCAUUUACGCACAAUGGUUGGAACUGAAAACACAUUUUAAUAUGGCCAAAUUGAAAGAAAGGUGUUACACAGCAGAAUUGCUGCAUGGAAUGUAUUCAGAUGACGUGAAUUAUGCGUACAUUUCAUUUAUGUAUCCAAUUCUCACUGAAAUUAACAGAGUGAAUAAAUUAUUUGAAUCGAAAGAUGCAGAUCAUACAAAACUGUACGACGAAUUGACAAAUUUGGUUGAUUCACUUGUUACCAAAAUAGUACUGCCGACCCAGAAGGUAGACGUUUUUACGCAAAACAUUAAAGAUUUUGUUGAUAAGAAAUGUUAUUUGGGGUACAGAUUCGAAUCUUUUGUGUCAACGAUGAGAGAAAAAGGACUUCCACGGAAUGAAGAAGAAAUGAUACGUAAUAGGUGCAUCCAGUUUAUUGUGCAGUUGGUUAAUGAACUGAAAAACAGAUUGCCCGAAAACUUAAAGCUCAUGAAAAAUAUGAAAAGAAUUAGUGUAGAUUGUGCACUGUCUCACAAUAAAGAGCCGAUCACUGACCUGAUCUUACAUUUUAAUAAAAAUCAAGAAUACAUAGCGAAAGUUGACGAGCAGUGGCGUCAAAUCCAUUUACUCAAAUGGAUAAAUACAAAAAAUACCAAGGAAUUUUGGUACGAGGUGCUGGAUUUCGAAGACAUUGCAGGAGAAAACCGAUUUGAAGAUUUAGCCACGUUUGCUAUAUCUUUAUUAGUUUUACCGCACUCUAAUGCUGAAGUAGAGCGAUUAUUCAGCAUGAUGAAUAUCGUGAAAACAAAACACAGAAACCGAAUGAAGCUAGAUCUACUGUCAUCUAUUAUGACAAUCCGCGCAGGUUUAAAACGCGAAGGAAAGUGUUGCAAUAAUUACAUCUUGCCAAAUUCUGUAGUCCAAAAAAUAGGAACGAAAGAAGUGUACUUAAAAUCAGAAGGUGCAGAGGAAACCGACUCUGCUGAAGAUGAUUUUUAACGAUUUUGUAUGUCUUCUAUUAGUUGUUUUGUAAUGAAAAUAAACUAAUUUUAUAAUUCAAUUUACAA